AUGGGUGACUGGAGCUUCCUCGGGAGGCUCCUUGAGAACGCGCAGGAACACUCGACUGUGAUUGGAAAGGUCUGGCUCACGGUCCUCUUCAUCUUCCGUAUACUGGUGCUGGGGGCCGCCGCCGAGGAGGUGUGGGGUGACGAGCAGUCCGACUUCACCUGCAACACGCAGCAACCCGGUUGCGAGAACGUUUGCUACGACGAGGCCUUCCCCAUCUCCCAUAUCCGCUUCUGGGUGCUGCAGAUCAUCUUUGUCUCCACGCCCACGCUCAUCUACCUGGGCCAUGUGCUGCACAUCGUCCGCAUGGAGGAGAAGCGCAAGGAGAAGGAGGAAGAGCUGCGCAAGGCAGCCCGGCUCCAGGAGGAGAAGGAGCUCCUCUACAAAAUGGGAGGAGGGGAAGGAGGCGACGCGGGCGGCAAGGGCGGCGGGGGCAAGAAGGAGAAGCCGCCGAUCCGAGACGAGCAUGGGAAAAUCCGCAUCCGGGGCGCGCUGCUGCGCACCUACGUCUUCAACAUCAUCUUCAAGACCGUGUUCGAGAUCGGCUUCAUUCUGGGUCAGUACUUCCUGUAUGGCUUCAGGCUGAGGCCGCUGUACAAAUGCUCCCGGUGGCCCUGCCCCAACACCGUGGACUGCUUCAUCUCCAGGCCCACGGAGAAGACUAUCUUCAUCAUCUUCAUGCUGGUGGUGGCCUGCGCCUCUCUACUGCUCAACCUCCUGGAGAUCUACCACCUGGGAUGGAAGAAGCUCAAGCAGGGAAUGGCUGACGAGUUCCGGCCUGACCGCAAGUCACCGUCACACACAGAGGUGGAGGCGGAGGCGGAGCCUGACGCCGAGCCCACGGCCCCUGCGAGAGCCACCACUCUUCCUUGGAGCCUGAGCUACCCGCCGAACUACACGGACGUGGCCACGCGGUCCACGUAUGCGCCCACGGCCGAGUUCAAGAUAGAGCCCCUCCGGGAGGAGGUGCGGGAGACUGCCACCACUCUCUACCUGGGCAGCGGCGGUGGGGGGCCCCAGUGGGCCGUGGGGGCCACCAGCAACCACAACCACAAGCUGGCCUCGGAGCAGAACUGGGCCAACAUGGCCACCGAGCAGCAGACUAAGGAGAGGAAUGCCGCGUCCCUUUCCUCCUCCUCCUCGGCCUGCUCCUCGCCCUCUGCUUCCUCUCCGACCGGCCGCAGCAUCCACGACGAGUCAGGAGCGGAGCGCUCCAAAAGUGCCGAUCCGCCGAUGUCCGGUAGCUCCAGCGGGCCGGAAGAGGGCCAACUCACCACCACCGUGGAGAUGCACGAGCCGCCGCCCGCUGUUCUGGCGGACACGCGGCGCCUGAGCAGAGCCAGCAAGGCUGGCAGCGUGAGGGCCAGGCCCGAUGACCUGGCCGUCUAGUCCCACCCGCAGG